GAGAGACAGAGAGAGAAGAUUGCUUUUGGUAAUCAACUCCAAAAACCCGUUUAAGAGAGAGAAAGAGAGAUAGAGAGAGAGAGAGAUUAGGCUGUGAAAGAAGGGGGCGAAGGGAGAAAUCCAUCAAACCCUCCUUUCAUCCUUCUGCUUUUCCGAUCUCUCUACCGAAUCAUUUCUCAGAACUCGGUUUCUCUCCCCCGAUCUCAAAUUUCUGGAGAUUUUCAUAAGAUUUCGAUUUUUCUCUCCCGCUUGGGAUGACUUAGAACCAGAUCCGUCUCCUCCUUUGGGAUCUCCUUCCGAAGAAUGGCAGCUCCUGUCAACAUUGUUGUUGGUUCUCAUGUAUGGGUUGAAGAUCCAGUGUUGGCGUGGAUUGAUGGAGAGGUUUUCCGGAUCAAUGGUCAUGAGGUCCAUGUGCAUACUACACAUGGAAAAACGGUUGUUGCUGAAUUGUCUAAGAUGUUUCCGAAGGAUACUGAGGCUCCACCUGGAGGUGUAGAUGACAUGACAAAGCUCUCAUAUUUGCAUGAACCUGGAGUCUUGCAAAACUUGGCCACUCGAUAUGAACUAAAUGAGAUCUAUACAUAUACUGGUAAUAUUUUGAUUGCAAUAAACCCAUUUCAAAGAUUGCCUCAUCUAUAUGAUACCCACAUGAUGGAACAAUACAAAGGGGCAGCAUUUGGGGAGCUAAGUCCUCAUGUUUUCGCAGUUGCAGAUGUUGCAUACAGGGCGAUGAUUAAUGAAGGGAAGAGCAACUCCAUUCUGGUCAGUGGAGAAAGUGGGGCUGGUAAAACUGAAACGACAAAGAUGCUCAUGAGAUAUCUUGCAUAUUUGGGUGGACGGUCUGGAAUAGAAGGAAGGACAGUUGAACAACAAGUUCUAGAAUCCAAUCCAGUUCUAGAAGCAUUUGGCAAUGCCAAAACUGUUAGAAACAACAACUCAAGUCGUUUUGGUAAAUUUGUGGAGAUCCAAUUUGACAAGAAUGGAAGGAUAUCAGGAGCAGCUAUUAGAACUUACUUACUUGAAAGAUCGCGUGUCUGCCAAAUUUCAGAUCCUGAGAGAAACUACCAUUGCUUUUACCUUCUUUGUUCAGCACCACCUGAGGAUAUUGAGAAGUACAAAUUGGGGAACCCUAAAUCAUUCCAUUACCUCAACCAAUCUAAUUGUUAUGAUCUAGAUGGAGUAAAUGAUGCUCAUGAAUAUCUUGCAACCAGGAGGGCUAUGGAUAUAGUUGGAAUCAGCGAGCAAGAACAGGAGGCUAUUUUCAGGGUUGUAGCUGCUAUUCUUCAUAUUGGUAAUAUUGAUUUUGCAAAGGGAAAGGAGAUAGACUCAUCUGUCGUUAAGGAUGAAAAAUCUAGAUUCCAUCUUAAAAUGACGGCUGAACUUCUCAUGUGUGACGCCCAGAAUUUGGAAGAUGCUCUGAUUAAACGUGUGAUGGUGACACCUGAAGAAGUCAUUACGAGAACGCUAGAUCCUGUUAAUGCAAUCGUUAGCCGGGAUGGUUUAGCAAAAACAAUUUACUCCCGCCUAUUUGAUUGGCUUGUGGAUAAAAUCAAUGUUUCAAUUGGGCAGGACCCGAACUCGAAAUCAUUAAUUGGAGUUCUUGAUAUCUAUGGUUUUGAAAGUUUUAAGUGUAAUAGUUUUGAGCAGUUCUGCAUUAAUUUCACAAAUGAGAAGCUGCAACAGCAUUUUAACCAGCAUGUCUUCAAAAUGGAACAGGAAGAGUACACAAAAGAGGAAAUCAAUUGGAGCUACAUAGAGUUUGUUGAUAACCAAGAUGUGCUGGAUCUGAUUGAGAAGAAACCUGGAGGGAUUAUUGCACUUUUAGAUGAAGCCUGCAUGUUUCCUAAAUCCACACAUGAAACCUUUGCUCAGAAGUUGUACCAGACAUUCAAAAGUAACAAGCGGUUUAUCAAACCAAAGCUUUCCCGUACUGAUUUUACUAUUUCUCAUUAUGCAGGGGAGGUCGCAUAUCAAGCUGAUCAAUUUCUGGACAAAAACAAAGAUUACGUGGUGGCUGAACAUCAAGAUUUACUAAAUGCUUCAAAGUGCUCCUUCGUGGCAAGUCUAUUUCCUCCACUUCCGGAGCUGUCAUCAAAAUCAUCCAAAUUUUCUUCCAUUGGAUCACGCUUUAAGCUGCAACUACAGUCUCUGAUGGAGACCUUAAAUUCAACAGAGCCUCAUUACAUCAGAUGUGUCAAGCCAAACAAUGUCCUCAAGCCUGCUAUUUUUGAGAAUGCCAACAUUAUCCAACAACUACGUUGUGGUGGUGUUCUCGAGGCAAUUAGGAUCAGCUGUGCUGGAUAUCCUACCAGACGAACAUUCUAUGAAUUUCUUCACCGUUUUGGUCUACUUGCUCCAGAAGUUUUGGAAGGAAACUAUGAUGAUAAGAUUGCAUGCCAAAAGAUUCUUGACAAAAAAGGGUUGAAAGGCUAUCAGAUAGGCAAGACAAAGGUCUUCUUGAGAGCUGGCCAGAUGGCUGAGUUGGAUGCACGCAGAGCAGAAGUUUUGGGUCAUGCGGCCAGAGCUAUUCAAAGACAAAUCCGUACUCAUAUUGCUCGCAAGGAGUUCAUCAUGUUACGCAAGGCUGCCAUUUAUUUGCAAUCCCGUUGGAGAGGGAAACUGGCUUGCAAGUUGUAUGAGAACAUGAGACGGGAAGCAGCUGCAGUGAAGAUCGAGAAGAAUUUACGUCGACACAUUGCUAGAAAAUCCUACUCAGCACUUCGCCUGUCUGCAAUUGCACUGCAGACAGGAUUUAGGACAAUGACUGCUCGCAACGAAUUCAGAUUUAGAAAGCAAACUAAAGCUGCAAUAAGUAUCCAGGCUCAUUGGCGUUGUCACAGAGAUCAUUCAUACUAUAAGAAUCUGCAGAAAGCUGCAAUUGUUUCUCAAUGUGCUUGGAGACAAAGAAUUGCAAGGAGAGAGCUCCGAAUACUCAAAAUGGCUGCAAGAGAAACAGGGGCUCUCAAAGAAGCAAAAGACAAGCUUGAAAAGCGUGUGGAGGAACUUACAUGGCGCUUGCAGUUGGAGAAACGGUUAAGGACUGAUUUGGAGGAGGCAAAAGUGCAAGAAACUGCCAAGUUGCAGGAUGCAUUGCAUGCAAUGCAACUACAAGUAGAAGAGGCGAACUCCAUGCUUAUCAAGGAACGGGAGGCAGCUCGGAAAGCUAUUGAAGAAGCACCUCCUGUAAUCAAGGAAACCCCAGUUUUGAUUCAAGACACAGAGAAAAUCGAUUCAUUGACUGCUGAGGUUGAAAACUUGAAGGCUUUGCUUCUGAUAGAAAGGCAGAAAACACAUGAGGCCAAGCAAGCUUCUGCUGAAGCUGAAAGUAAAAAUGGGGAACUGGUCAAAAAGCUUGAAGAUGCGGACCGGAAAGUGGAACAGCUUCAAGAUUCUGCACAAAGACUUGAAGAGAAACUUUCCAACCUUGAAUCGGAGAAUCAAGUUCUUCGUCAGCAGGCACUUGCCAUUUCCCCAACUGGUAAAGCCUUAUCAGCACGGCAGAAAACAACCAUACUUCAGAGGACUCCUGACAAUGGCAAUGUUCAAAAUGGUGAAACAAGGAUGGCAUCGGACUUGCGUCUUGCUGUAUCUAAUCCGAAGGAGCUUGAAACUGAGGAGAAGCCACAAAAGUCACUUAAUGAGAAGCAGCAGGAGAACCAGGACUUGCUGAUUAAAUGCAUAUCACAGGACCUGGGAUUCUCGGGUGGACGACCCAUCGCAGCUUGUGUAAUAUACAAGUGCCUUCUUCAUUGGAGGUCUUUUGAAGUUGAAAGAACCAGUGUUUUUGACCGCAUUAUUCAGACUAUAGGCUCAGCCAUAGAGGCCCAGGAUAACAAUGAUUUAUUAUCGUAUUGGUUAUCAAAUUCAUCCACUUUAUUAUUGCUCCUUCAACGCACACUGAAAGCAAGUGGAGCUGCUAGCAUGACCCCACAGAGGCGGAGAACAUCAUCGGCUUCCUUGUUUGGGCGGAUGUCUCAAGGCCUUCGUUCAUCUCCUCAAAGUGCUGGACUCUCAUUUCUAAAUGGUCGGUUGGUUGGUGGGCUGGAUGACUUGAGGCAAGUUGAAGCCAAAUAUCCUGCAUUGCUGUUUAAACAGCAACUUACAGCUUUUCUUGAAAAGAUAUAUGGUAUGAUAAGAGACAAUUUGAAGAAAGAGAUCUCUCCAUUGCUUGGACUAUGCAUCCAGGCUCCUAGGGCAUCUCGAGCAAGUUUAGUAAAAGGAUCACGGUCGCAAGCAAAUGCUGUCGCUCAACAAGCUUUAAUUGCUCACUGGCAAAGCAUUGUGAAACGUCUAAAUACUUACCUGAAGACUUUGAGAGCCAACUUUGCUCCCCCCUUCUUAGUCCGCAAGGUGUUCACACAGAUAUUUUCAUUUAUCAACGUGCAGUUAUUUAACAGCCUUCUUUUGCGGCGUGAGUGUUGUUCAUUCAGCAAUGGAGAGUAUGUGAAAGCAGGAUUGGCAGAGUUAGAACACUGGUGUGAUGAAGCAACUGAAGAGUAUGCUGGCUCAGCUUGGGAUGAACUCAAGCACAUCAGGCAGGCAGUUGGAUUCCUGGUCAUACAUCAAAAGCCGAAAAAGACCUUGAAUGAAAUAACGAGAGACCUCUGCCCUGUUCUCAGCAUACAACAAUUAUACAGGAUCAGUACGAUGUACUGGGAUGACAAAUAUGGCACACACAGUGUCUCUUCAGAAGUUAUUUCGAAUAUGAGGGUUCUGAUGACAGAGGACUCAAACAAUGCGGUCAGCAGUUCUUUCUUAUUGGACGAUGAUUCCAGCAUACCAUUUUCUGUGGAUGACAUCCCCAAGUCGAUGCAACAAAUAGACAUAUCCGACGUCGAUCCUCCACCUCUGAUACGUGAAAAUUCUGGGUUUGUGUUCCUGUCACAACGUGCUGAAUGAUUGUCCUGGAUGCACGAUAUAGUCCCAAACUUCUUUCUGGCCAAUGCCUAGACCAUUUUCUGCCCUUCCUUCAUUCGAUCUCUUCACUGCAACAUGUGCGUGUAAAUCCCAUCCUUCUUCCAUGCAAUUGAUUCAUGUAUAUUAUAUUAUUAGCUCCCAACCGAAGUAGCCAGUCUAAAGCUACCUAGAUGGUUUGCUUUCAUUUUCUUUGCUUGCUGUUUGGGUUGAUUUUUUUAUUUAUUUCCAUGCGCGUUUGCAUGUGUGGGAUGUGUUACAAUGUCAUGUCCCUAAGCUCGUAACUCUGUGCUACUUGUUUUAAGAGAUGCACCGGGGUAUAGUUAUCACUCAGUCGCUUGGGUGUUGUCGACGCAGUCUGUCUUAGCACUUGUAAGUAAUGUAAUUCAUGACAGCCACUGCAUAUUAAAAAGGGCCAUUAGUGUUGUAUCUAGAAGCUAUUUAUUUGUAAUGUAUUAUUCAUUUUGUUGGGAUUUUUGUCCCAAUCUCUGUAAUGCUGUUAUACAGAUUAUAGUUGUGAUUGGAAUUUUAUUUGCCUCGAAAAUUAAAAUUUGAAGAACAGAUGAUCUAUACUUCGGAAGCA